GCGCGCUCGCGCCCCUGCCGCGGCUCGGGUUGCCCGGCCGGGACCCGCAGGGCCCGAGACUCUCUCCCCCGGGAUCCUCCCGCCUGGCCGGCACCCACAGGGCUCUAGGAGGAGCCCGUCACAGCCCUCAGGCAGCCUGUCCUCGGGUUCCCGCUUCAGCCCCCAGGCCCUGUGGGGGGGACGUCGGGCCUUCCCCGCCGCACGCCGCAGCUCCGCUUCUCAGAGGCUGCUUCUUGGUGCGGGAGUCUUGUCUCAGAGGCGGCUCUCCAAAGCCUCCUUCCCCGCGAGGGACGACCCUCUCGUCCCUUACGGAUGCCCCUCCCCAGGGAGACGCCCUUUCCCGAGGCGGCUGUCUGGCGCCCUUCGCCUCCGCCUGCCCCGUGUCUGCCUCAGACCCCUCGCCGCUGCAGGCUCUGCCCUAAUCGCAGAGCGGAUCCCCCGCCCUUUCUUCACCUGCUCCCUUGGGCACCCUUUUUCCCUUGUCACCAACCCAGCCCGGGUCAUCCCGGACUGACCGCUGCCCCCCGCCUCUGGGGAGACAGGACUUGCGGGGGCGGCAGGUGGGCUGACAGCUGCUGCGGCCCGGCUCUGUCUCGGGGUCACCCCUCCUCCCGCCCUGUCUCAGAAAGCCCCUCCUCUCAGGCCUUCCUAGGUUUCUGUUUGGCCGUGGGCUGCCCUCCUAACUCAGCUUCUUUUGAUCCUGAACAUGGCACCUGCCUUUCCAGUCCCCGCCCCCUCCUCCCCCGACCUCCCGUUUUAUUGCCUCUCCUACGUUUGAAUUAGUACCUUUCAAACUGGGUGUCAUAGUGGUUGACCCUGGUCUUAGCCACUCUCUCUCCAAAAACCUAGCCGUUUUCUUGUGUGGUUGGUUUAGAGGUGAGGAGACUGAGUGGGGCUCAUCACCAUUUUCAACGGAAUAUUCUGUAGACCUCGUAGUUUUCUAAUAAGCCUAGCCUUGUGGGUUUAGGUGUUAGUACAAAUGAAUGUCCAUUAGCUUCUGUGGCUUGUAGAGCGGCUCCAUUACACAGGGGUGUUUUGUGGGUGAGAUGAUGAAGCAGUGUUAGUCUGAGAGUCAGGCAGAGACAGUGAGUUGGUCUUUUAUAGUUUAUAAAGCUGCUUCACUCAUUCAGGUCACUCAGUCCUCUAGGCAGCCCUCGGGAGUGGGCAGGCAGGCUUUGGCUCUUGAGCAGGAAAUGCUCAUGACCAGUAAGUAGAGCAAGGCCCAGUAGACUUCUGAGUCCUGACUGGUGCUGAGAGGGUCAGAGACCCUAGAAAAGCAAAGGACAGGGUGUUCAAGGUCAUCUCCACUACGUUUCCUGGGCCCAGAUGCCCAGUCUCUCUUCCUAACCUUGAGAACAAUUCAGGCCCAGUGCUUUGGUUUACUCUCCUGCUAUGUGCGCAGGGCUGUUGACCUACCUGCCGUUACAUCGCUCAGAUUCUUGUCACCUCUUUGUAGUUUCAGGUCUCAUGAGAUUCAGCAAUUGCUUCUUUCUCCUGGGGCCUGGCUUAUCUGCAGUGACUUUUCAAAUCUGCUGUGUCUAAUCUACAGGGUGUUAGGAAAACCAACAGCUCAGCUUGUGCCUAAAAUGCACAGCUCUGCCACUUCCACUCGGCCCUGCUGCAGGGCAGGCCCAAGCCCUGGCCGUCCCCUGCCACCUUCUUUAGGAGGAACCUUGCAGCCCCGCCAGCAAGGCCCCGGAGGCCCCAGCCGCUGUGGAGGAAGGUGCUGUCAGCCGCGGCCCUGGGGGCGCCCCUGCUGCUCGGGGCAAGGUACCUGACAGCGGGAGCCCAGGAGAGGAGGCGGAUGCGGCUGGUGGUGGACGGCGUCGGGCGCUUCAGCAGGUCUCUGCGGGUCGGCCUGCAGAUCUCGCUGGACUACUGGUGGUGCACGAACGUCAUCCUGCAUGGGGUGGAGGAGAACAGCCCGAGGUACUUGGAAGUGAUGUCUGCGUGUCAUCAGCGGGCAGCUGACGCCCUGGUGGCGGGGGCCAUCAGCAAUGGGGGCCUGUAUGUGAAGCUGGGCCAGGGGCUCUGCUCCUUCAACCACCUGCUGCCCCCCGAGUACAUCAGGACGCUGCGGGUGCUGGAGGACAGGGCCCUCACGCGGGGCUUCCGGGAGGUGGACCAGCUGUUCCUCGAAGACUUCCAGGCCCCGCCCCAUGAGCUUUUCCAGGAGUUUGACUACCAGCCCAUUGCCGCAGCGAGCCUGGCCCAGGUGCACCGUGCCAGGCUGCACGAUGGUACUGCGGUGGCCGUGAAGCCUCCCGUGCAGGUGCAGUACAUCGAUCUGCGGGACCGCUUUGACAGCGACAUCCACACCCUGGAGCUCUUGCUGCACCUCGUGGAGCUCAUGCACCCCAGCUUCGGCUUCAGCUGGGUCCUCCAGGACCUCAAGGGGACCCUGGCCCAGGAGCUGGACUUUGAGAACGAGGGCCGCAACGCUGAGCGCUGUGCACGGGAGCUGCAACACUUUCGCCAUGUGGUGGUGCCCCGCGUGCACUGGGGCACGUCCAGCAAGCGCGUGCUGACGGCAGAGUUCUAUGAGGGCUGCAAGGUCAGUGACGUGGAGGCCAUCAAGAGCAUGGGGCUGGCGGUGCAGGACAUUGCAGAGAAGCUGAUCAAGGCUUUUGCCGAACAGAUCUUUUACACGGGUUUCAUCCACUCUGACCCCCACCCCGGCAAUGGUAAGGAGAGCCCCAGGGCUGGGGGUGGGGCGCUGGGGGCUGCACCCCAGAAACAGGGAACUAGAGCCCACCCGUCCCCAGUUCUGGUGCGGAAAGGCCCAGACGGGAAGGCUCAGCUGGUGCUGCUGGACCAUGGGCUCUACCAGUUCCUGGACGAGAAGGACCGGCUCGCCCUGUGCCAGCUGUGGCGGGCCAUCAUCCUGAGGGACGAGGCGGCCAUGAAGGUGCACGCGGCCAAGCUGGGAGUGCAAGACUACCUCCUGUUCUCCGAGGUGCUCAUGCAGCGGCCCGUGCGCCUGGGGCAGCUGUGGCGCUCGCGCCUGCUGAGCCGUGAGGAGGCGGCCUACAUGCAGGACAUGGCCCGUGAGCACUUCGAGGAGGUCAUGGCCGUGCUCAAGGCCCUGCCGCGCUCCAUGCUGCUUGUGCUGCGCAACGUCAACACCGUGCGCGCCAUCAACAACGCCCUGGGUGCCCCGGUGGACCGCUACUUCCUCAUGGCCAAGAGCGCGGUCCGGGGCUGGAGCCGCCUGGCGGGUGCCAUGUAUCAGAGCGUCUACGGCGCCAGCAUCCUGCGCCAUGUCAGGGUCGUCUGGGAGACGGUCAAGUUUGAAGUGGCCCUGAGGCUGGAGACCCUGUCGAUGCGGCUCACUGCCCUCCUGGUUCGAGUUCUGGUCUACCUGGGCAUCAUGCCUGACACCGAGGGGCUGUCAAAGUACCUGGAGACCUAGGGCAUCCCGGGCAGGACCACAGAGCUCGUCCCACCAUGUGCCCGGCCAGGGCCAAGUGACUGAUUUGUUGGAGUACGGGAUGCCCUGGGGCCCCGAAAUAAUCACAACGCUCUUCUGAAAA